UGAAGGCAGGCCAGCCAGGGACAAGGCUGCUGUACAACCUGGUGGCCCUUGCAGCUGCCCAAGGUGGAGAAAUGAGGGCAAGCAAUAGCUUUCCCGAAUCCGUAGCAGGGGAGGGACUUGAACUCAGGACUCACAGACCAGAUUCCCCUCUGGCCCCCGGACUGCCUGUGUCACUACUCAGCCUUCCUUUCUGCUCCCUUCCACACCAUAGUCCUGUGGGAGAGGAAUGCUCUGCCUCAGUGCAUCAAACAGCUUGCCUGGAUAGUUCUGACUGUGCUGCGGCCCUGCCUUUAUUGAGUCACUGCCAGGUUCAGUCCCUGGCACCACCAUGGCAGGUUGGGAAUGGCCCAUGCCUGAAACUUUGGAGAGCUGCUGCCAGUCAGUGUAGGCAGUACUGAGUUUGUUACUGUUAUGUGCCUUCAAGUUGAUUAUGACUUAUGGCGACCCUAUGAAUGAACAACCUCCAAUAUCAUCUGUCAUGAACCACCCUGUUCAGAUGUUGUAAGUUCAGCUCUUUCUGGGAUGCUUCGUUCCUUUGGCAGCCUGAGUCCUGGCACCGCCAGCAGCAGCAGCAGCAGCCGCCUCUGGGGGAGAUGCCAGAUUUUCUGCAAACAAGCCAGGCACCACCUCCAGCCAACUGGCCACCACCAACUUGCAUACUUGGCCAGCGCUUCAGGCUGGCGGGCACCUACACUGAAUGCCUUGGAAAAGGGCACCACCUGCAUUUCUGGCUCCGCUACCUGCACCGCAGCGCAGAGCAUCCUUCCUGCAGCGAGAGGGGCUUUGUACCAUAGCAGGGGGUGGCAGCAGAAGACCAGCUGGAGGCCUUUCUCCCAGAGGAACCCACAGAGCCCCGCCUCCAGCCCACAUCUCCAGCUGAAGACGCGUUUGCUCAUCACCUUCCUCUUUGGGAGUGGGAUCCUGGCCGCCUGGCUGUACAUGCGGGCGGAGAAGUCCCAGAAGGAAAAGCUGAGGCGUAUCAAGGAACUAAGGAAGGUGGCCAUCGGGCAAGGGGAUUUCCAACUGGUGGACCACACGGGGAGGCCCCGCUCCAAGGCCGACUUCAAGGGCAGCUGGGUUCUGCUCUAUUUCGGCUUCACCCACUGCCCAGAUAUCUGCCCUGAGGAGCUGGAGAAGAUGAGUCGCGUGGUGGAGCUCCUGGACAAAGAGGACCAGUUGCCCCGCGUCCAGCCCAUCUUCAUCACGGUUGAUCCCGAGCGGGACAAUGCGGAGGCUGUGGCCAAGUACCUCCAGGACUUCCACCCACGCCUCUUGGGGCUGACAGGCACACCCGAGCAGGUGCGUGAGGCUGGCCGGGCCUACCGCGUCUACGCCAGCACUGGGCCCAAAGACCAGGAUGGCGACUACAUCGUGGACCAUACAGUGAUCAUCUACCUGCUCAGCCCGGACGGACUGUUCAUGGACUAUUACAACCGGUACAAGACGGAAGAGCAGAUUGCUAAGAGCAUUAAGGGCCACAUGGACUCCUACAAGAGCCUCUUUGACUGAGCUGGUGCUUCCGUCGUCCUGAACUCUGGGCCCUGAGAGAGCAGGUCUUUGAUGCUGCUUAAAUGGGCUCAACUCUUUGUAGGGAGGGGACUAUUUAUAUUCAUGGGCUUCUGUUGUGACAUCUUGCGGUGAUGAGUUCCAGAGGCUAUUUCAAAGGAGAAAUAAUUUUGCGAUGAAUUGAUACCACACAUGGCGUCUACAUGCUUUUCUUUAUUGUUUCCUUAAACAUUUUUGGGAGGGUUUUCACCCCUCAGUUUUGCUUCUUGUAAAAUUGUUUUGGGUACUUUUAUAUAGACAGACACUGUGCUUUGGUUUCCAGGCAUUUAAGACAGCUGCACCAAAGGCAAAGCAUUUCUCCAUUCCUUUCAAAACUUUCAUUGGGUAUGGAUAAACUCCCCUGGUCCUUAAUUCUUCCCCUCAGCAGAAUAGAACAAAGCCUGCAGGUUAAGCACAGAUGUGCCCACAUCAUCCCACUCGUAAAACAGAGGUCCCCUCUUGCAAAAUUGUAGGCAAUCUUGGUUUCACUGAGGGAAAUGAGAACCUGCUGUCGCCUCCAAGGAGCGUAUCCCUUCUCCAGCAUCAUCUCAGACUGUGCCAACACUCCCAUCCCCAAAUCUGUUUCCCCUU